UCUAACCUCCCUGUCUCCCUGUUCCCUGUCAUUCCUCUCCUCUUUUCUCCUCCCUUGAUCCUUCUCCUGGACUAGCCCAUUGGGACCUACCCAGAACCCUUCCCUGCCUGGACCCUCUGACUCUCCUCUCCACCCCUCCCUCUCCCCGUUCAAGGUUUAUCAGGAGUGGCCAGCAAGGAUUCUUUUGUGGUAUUCUGAAGUGUGGGCUAGGACAGCAUCCCAUGACCAGCAGAAGAAAAUCAACUAGCGUUCCUGGACCCUUAUUUGAAUGGGUUGAUGUUGGUCCUGCUGGAGUCGAUGAUCUGACCCUGUCUGUCAGCCAGCUAGCACCCCUUUCCUCCCUCCUGCAGACACUGCCCAUGUCCUGAUCUCAGUGGUCCAGCUUGUCUGUGGUGACUGGUUGGCUGGCUGUUCCAUCACACUCUCAUUGGCCCUGGGACUCCUCUUCUACGUGACCACGCCCCUUCCUUAACAUCCAAUCCCAACAUGGAACCACCCAAGGUGCAACAGUCAGGCGAAGGAGGCCUCAACGUAACCCUAACCAUCAGACUCCUGAUGCAUGGCAAGGAGGUUGGAAGCAUCAUUGGAAAGAAAGGAGAGACGGUGAAGAAGAUGCGUGAAGAGGUAAGUGCAAGUGGAGCCCGCAUAAACAUCUCAGAAGGAAACUGUCCAGAACGGAUAGUCACAAUCACCGGACCCACAGAUGCCAUCUUCAAGGCCUUCGCCAUGAUCGCAUACAAGUUUGAAGAAGAUAUAAUUAACUCCAUGAGCAACAGUCCAGCCACCAGCAAGCCUCCUGUCACUCUCCGCCUGGUCGUCCCAGCCAGUCAAUGUGGCUCCCUCAUCGGGAAAGGAGGCUCUAAAAUCAAAGAAAUGCGAGAGUCCACAGGUGCUCAGGUUCAGGUGGCGGGGGACAUGCUCCCCAACUCCACGGAACGAGCAGUGACAAUCUCGGGAGCGCCUGAAGCCAUCAUCCAGUGUGUCAAGCAGAUCUGUGUGGUCAUGCUGGAGUCCCCACCGAAAGGUGCCACUAUCCCCUACCGCCCCAAGCCUGCCUCCACCCCCGUCAUUUUUUCAGGUGGCCAGGUAAGAGCCGACCCGCUGGGGGCCUCCACCGCCAACCUCAGCCUCUUACUGCAGCACCAGCCACUGCCUGCUUACACCAUUCAGGGACAAUACGCCAUCCCACACCCAGAUCAGUUGACCAAGCUCCACCAGUUGGCUAUGCAGCAAACCCCCUUUACCCCCCUUGGACAGACCACCCCUGCCUUCCCCGCAGGUCUGGAUGCCAGUAACCAGGCCAGUACUCAUGAACUCACCAUUCCCAAUGAUCUAAUAGGCUGCAUAAUCGGGCGCCAGGGCACCAAAAUCAACGAGAUCCGUCAGAUGUCUGGGGCGCAGAUCAAAAUUGCUAACGCCAUGGAAGGGUCAUCGGAGCGCCAGAUCACCAUCACAGGAACCCCCGCCAACAUCAGCCUGGCCCAGUACCUCAUCAACGCAAGGUUCAGAGAUGUGGCGGCCAUGUGGAAUGACCCAUCCUCCAUGACCACAUCCUGAGGACCCAGCCUGGCCAGCCUCCACCAUGCGCUGCACCCUUUUCUCCCUGACCCUUGCAGGCCUGAUGACCUCUACUGAACCCCUGAUGAUGAUGCCCUCUGGAUGACUGGAUCUGGCUCUGAAAAAACUCCCUUGACCCUCCAAGCUUACUACCAUGACAACUCUCUCAUUAGGGAGUUGCUUUCAGAGAAAUGAAAAAAAAUAUGAAAUGUCUUUGUUUUCAUUGCUUUUAGACUUUUAGACAAGUGUUGAAGCAUGUUGAAUGUUCAUUAGGAUCGAAUUGUGUUAUUCUGCAUUAUCUCUUUCUCUCUCUCUUUCUCUCUCUCUCUCUCUCUCUCUGUUAGUGUUACAACAUAGGAUUUUAAUAUCAGUUUGAAAAAAAGUACAAAAAAUGUAAAAGUGUUAAAAUAUAGAAAAAAAAUUGCUACUAUUGCAUUUUCUAGCUGCUCUGUGAUGCUAUCGGCACAUUGUGGUGGGAUGUAGCCUAAUUAUUACUUUAUUAUGCUAUUUUCAAAAUAAGUAUUUUUAACAAAAUGAAACGAUUCUAUUUUUACCCUUAUUCGGAUCCUAAAAUGAUCUACUUACUAAUCCGAUCUCUACCCAUAACUCUUUGCUGCAUCACAUGACCCUUUUGAGCCAAUGGUAUCACUCCUAGAGCCCUCCUUUCUAUGUUAAUUUCCUAUAUUUUAUAUUAUGACUUUUACUGCAUGUGUUCAAUAAUGUAUUGUAUGUAUUUGAGUAUUCCAGUUCAGUGUAAGUGUUCCUACAUAUGGUGUGGGUAUGUUAGAGCUCCAAACCUUUUCCGCAAGUAUUUUCAUUAGCAUUUUUUUACCAUUCACAUUUAGUCCUACAACUAUCCCAAAUGAAUAACUCUCCUUCACAACCUCCAAGAACCCUAUUAUUAAUAGUUUAGAAGCACGAUAGGAAAUUACUUAAGAAAAAAAUAAUCAGUGGCUAAAAACUGUAUCCUAACUGACUGAAAACUAAAAUGAUUGUUUACUCGAUUUUUUAGCGAAGAUUAUUGUGGGAGACCACAUAGUCAGCUAUGCUAUGCUAAUGCAAUAGACAAUUCAACUUCAUUGUACUCUGGACUGCCUCUAGUGUGUGAGGAAUUUGUUGGACUUAAGACUAUUGCUGUGUCCAAAUUGUCUUGGAUGGCUUCCUUUCCUCGUCUUCUUUACUUCAUGUCUUUGAGAGAUUCAAAAAGUUCUAAUGUACCACCCUUUAAGGCAAGGAAACAGUGAGAGAGAGCUGUUGAAGGAAAGGAGACCCGGGGAAGAAGCUAUCUGAAAUAGUUGAGACGUGGCCGUAGGUGUUUGGACGGAGCCAAAUAUAUUUGGGCCAUGGAAUGUUCUGGGGUUCAUGGCGGGAACCCAUGGGGCCUGGGCGGACAUGACUACUCCCAUGCUGCCCCUUUUGCGAUUGUUCAUCCAUCAUUUUAUUUUGAUUAUAACAUUGUUUAUUAUUUAAUGCUAUAGGUUUUGAAUGUCUUAUGCUUUUAUGACAACGUCAGCAGAUUAGAUGACAAGUCAUUUUGCUCAUUUUAAGUAUUUUUUUUAAACAGUUGCAAUUGUAUUUAUGGUUUCUUGGUGCAGUCUAACUCUUGGUUGAUCAUGUUAAGCUAUAUUUGUUUUUUCUGUACUGUAUUUGAUUUCAGGGUGGGUAGGUUUGGGCUAUAUUUGCUUUGAUUGAAAAUGUAAGAUUCCCUUCACAACAAUUCUCCAGUUUAUUCUAAGUAUAGGCGGUUGUGACAUGUCAUGUUUGCAAGCUUCAGCUGAGGUUAUAUUCAGCAUUGAUGCAAAUGAACAGCCGUUGAAUGUCAUCCUCUCAACAUAGAUCAUUCACUCACUGUCAAACUGGUAUCAAAUACAAUAAAUAGCAUCUUUGUAUGCAUUUUCAUUCUGUAAAAUUUAUUUGUUUCAUGUAGCCUAACUAAGUUUUGGAUUCAAUGUGCUGAGCCUGACUUUGGGUCUAAUUUAAACCGCUUUGAUCAUAUAAACGUGAUAUGUCAAUGGACCAAAUGUUGUACUGAAGUACAGAAAGAUGCAUAGUGGAUUAUUAUUCUGCAAUAAUGAUACAAUUUUGAUGUUAAACUAAAGUUGUAGUGCUAGCCUUGAUAUUAUGGGUUUGUGUUAUUCGUUUAAUUUAAAAAAAAAAAUGUCAUAGCUUGUAAUUCAAUGGAAUGUUUGUCAUUUAAACAAUAUUAAAUUCAUGUUUUUUUUUUUGGCAAGCUCGCUUUUUAGAACUGUUCAGCUUUUCAUCAUGUAUUGCAUUCAGAAUAGGCAGGAAUAUUGAAUUGUUGAAAUAGUGAUGUCCGUGUGAUUUCAAUAACUUCAAUAUCCAUAUGUUGUGACAGUGUAUUGAACUGUAUUUCCACCUGUGUAUAUGCCUCAGUAUACACACCCACUGAAACAGACUCAAAUGCAGCUAAUGCAAUAAUAGGGGUAUGACGUGCAAUUAUUUAUUUACAUUUUUUUCUUGUGCAUAUAAUAUACAGAAAGUAUGUCACAUAUUUAAAAUUAAUUUUUGCUUUUCGAUUUAGUUUCUUUCUGGGCUGUGGCAGCAACAAAAUGGAAGAAAUACCUUUGUUUUUUCUCUUCUAUUUUGCUCCUGUAUAUUUUGCUUGUUUGGAAAAUGUAACAGAGCUUGUUAUAUAUUUUCAGCUUGAUUAUUUGCAAUGUGCAGAUCUAUAUUAGUUUGAAGUAAUUUAAUUACUUAGGUUACUUUUGAAAUUGUUUGUAAGUAUGAAAAUAAAUAAAGAUUUUUUUCUUCGUGGAAACCUGAGGUAGCUUUGUAUCAUUUUGAUCUGGAAUUAGAUCAAAUGUGACAGGUUAUUUCUGUGUAGACAAUUAAAAUGUCCCUGUUGAUAACAAGAGAAA